AUGGUCCCGCAAGACGCGCUGCUCUUCCAAGGCACCGUCCGUAUGAACCUCGAUCCAUCUAACACCAUCCCUGACUCUGAUCUCAACGAAUUUCUCUCCAUGUGUGCAUCGCUCAACGCCAUGAAGAGCCAAGCCGAAAACGAUUCCUUGCAAAGUGAUUUGAUGCUAGACACACCGGUCAGCCCAGGCGGAAACAAUUUCUCGCACGGGCAAAGACAGGUGCUCUCGCUAUGCCGAGCAAUGGUGCGCAAGAAUAAACUCACGUUGCUGGACGAAGCGACGUCGAGCGUGGACAUGGGCACGGAUAGCGCCAUCCAGGGUAUUCUCCGCGCCCAGCUGAGCGGUGGGCAGCAUGGCUUGAUUACGGUCGCCCAUAGACUCAAGACGGUGUUAGACUAUGACAAGGUUGUGGUUAUGGGCUUUGGCAAGGUGCUGGAGAUGGGAAGCCCGACGGAGCUCCUGGAUUCCAAGUGCAAGUUUUAUGACAUGAUGGAGCAUAGUGGUGGCGCCGAGUAG